UUAUUCAGAUUUCUUUAUUUCUUUGAUGGGGUAUAUGAUGAUAGUGUUGUUCUUUUUUUUUUUUUUUUGUUCAUUUUUUUUUUCCGCUUAAAAGUUGAAUAUACGCGGAUGUGAAUAUAAUCAAAUAAUGGGUAUUGUAUAGUGUUGUUACCUCUUCAAAAUUUAUUGAAUAUUGUUGAUCGAUUGUGUUGGUGGCGAUGAUGCAUGUGUUGUUGGCCGUGCUGAGAUUUGUAUACUGAUUUACGUUACUUUUGUGCCCAGCAGGAUAUUGUCGUUAUGUUUGUCAAGCCGAGGUGUUGAUCUUGAUUAAAGGUUAGGUUUUUCUUAUAUACUUGGACCACUAAAAUGAGUUUUUGAUUCAAAAUGGUAAUGGUGGAAGUGAGAGAGUGUAAUAGAAGUCGGAGAAUACCUCCGUUUCUUGGAUGUGUUUGUUCUGGUCUUCAUGCAGCUCUAGGUGGAUAGUAAUGGAGGGUUCAUCCGAGUCUGCUUGGCAGAAGUCUGAUAGUUCUAGGGCAUUGAAUAGUUCUGGAGUCUCAGACAGGAAUCUGAGUCUUCUUCCUGCCAACAGAAUUGGCUUGUCAGGUAAUGCAUUGCAUGAUUCUGUGUUUGGAAAGGAGAGAGGUAGGGUUGUGUUGGCUCACACGGAUCAUCUCAAAAACCAGGGUGGUUCGUCUGGAGUUUGUGAGGACGAGGUUGCAGUUGGCCAUUUCGUCCAUGCCAUAGAAUGGGGUGAUGUUAGUUUGAGGGAGUGGUUGGACAAACCAGAACGCACUGUUGAUGUCUUUGAGUGCUUGCACAUAUUUAGGCAAAUAGUAGAGAUUGUUAACGUAGCACAUUCCCAAGGAAUUGUUGUUCAUAAUGUGCGGCCUUCCUGCUUUGUGAUGUCUUCUUUCAAUCAUGUCUCCUUCAUUGAGUCUGCAUCUUGUUCGGAUUCUGGUUCUGAUUCCUUGGAGGAUGGGUCCAACAGCCGAAAUGUGGAGGCUAAGAACUCAUCAUUUUCCUUGCCCCAUGAUACGCAUCAACAAAGAAGCAACCCAGGAAGUGAAGAUUUUCUAUCAGUGAUGACACCUACUAAUGCUCUAUCAGACACCACUUGCAUGCAGUCAAGUUCAGCAUAUGCAGCACGUGUGGAAUUAAUAGAAGAGACUGAAGAAAAUAGAGACAAAGAUAGGGGGAGAGUUGAAGAAGCAGAAGAAAAGAAGCAACCAUUUCCAAUGAAACAGAUACUGCUUAUGGAGGCCAAUUGGUACACAAGCCCCGAGGAGAUUGAGGGUUCUCCAAGUUCCUAUGCUUCGGAUGUUUAUCAGUUGGGGAUUCUUCUCUUUGAGUUAUUCUGUCCAUUUAGCUCGAGAGAAGAAAAAAGCAGUACUAUGUCUAGUGUGAGGCAUCGAGUUCUUCCUCCUCAACUGUUGCUGAAAUGGCCAAAAGAAGCUUCAUUUUGCUUAUGGCUUCUGCACCCUGAGCCAAGUACUCGACCAAAAAUGGGUGAGUUGUUACAGAGUGAGUUCCUGAAUGAACCAAGACAUCAUUUGGAAGAACGCGAAGCAGUAAUUGAACUUAGAGAAAGAAUAGAGGAGCAGGAUUUGUUGCUGGAAUUCCUUUUGCUUGUUCAACAAAGAAAACAGGAAGCAGUUGAUAAGUUGCAAGACACCAUUUCCUUUUUGUGUACUGAUAUGGAAGAAGUAAUGAAGCACAAAACAAUCCUUAAGAAAAAAAGUGGGUCUUGCCCAGAACUGGGGAAGGAUGAUUAUUUAAUUUCAAGUCUUCCAUCAAUGAAUAUUGUUGAUAGUGGUGAUUCUAUCGGCUUGGGGUCUAGAAAACGAUUUAGACCAGGGCUGAAGAUUCAGAACAUGGAAGAAUGCGAUGAUAAUCUCGGUGAUGCUCAGGAGUUAGAUACACCCAAUGAAAAGAAUGAAAGCCUUCUUUCAAAAUGUUCUCGGUUAAUGAAGAACUUUAAGAAACUGGAGUCUGCCUACUUUUUGACAAGAUGCAGGCCAAUCAAGCCCUCAGGGAAACCAGCGAGUAGACAUUCACCGAUAAGUAGUGAUGGCAAGGGGUCUAUUGUUCUGACUGAGAGAAGUUCUGUUAAUAAUUUGGCAUCGAAAGAGCUGUAUAGCGAGGGUAGACAAAGUGGUUGGAUAAAUCCAUUCCUCGAAGGGUUGUGCAAGUAUCUAUCUUUCAGUAAGUUAAAAGUUAAGGCAGACUUGAAGCAAGGGGAUCUGCUAAACUCUUCCAAUCUAGUAUGCUCUCUUAGCUUCGAUCGUGAUGGAGAGUUUUUUGCCACAGCUGGUGUAAAUAAGAAAAUUAAAGUUUUUGAAUGCGACACAGUCAUAAAUGAAGAUCGUGAUAUUCACUAUCCUGUAGUUGAAAUGGCUAGUAGGUCAAAGCUAAGCAGUAUAUGUUGGAACAGUUAUAUCAAAAGCCAGAUUGCUUCAAGUAACUUUGAAGGUGUUGUACAGGUAUGGGAUGCUGCAAGAAGUCAAGCAGUGAUGGAAAUGAGAGAGCAUGAGAGGCGUGUAUGGUCCAUAGACUUCUCAUCAGCAGAUCCAACAUUGUUGGCCAGUGGGAGCGACGAUGGUUCUGUUAAGCUUUGGAGUAUCAAUCAGGGAGACAGUAUUGGUACCAUCAAAGCAAAGGCGAAUGUCUGCUGUGUUCAGUUUCCUUUGGAUUCUGGUCGUUCCCUUGCAUUUGGUUCAGCAGAUCAUAGAAUUUAUUACUACGAUCUCCGCAACUUGAAAACUCCUUUGUGCACAUUAAUUGGACACAAUAAAACUGUGAGUUAUGUCAAAUUUGUAGAUACAAUGAAUAUUGUUUCUGCAUCCACGGAUAAUACUCUUAAGCUCUGGGACUUGUCAAUGUGCGCAUCUCGGGUUAUUGACGCUCCACUUCAAUCAUACACAGGACACAUGAAUGUAAAGAACUUUGUUGGUUUGUCAGUUUCUGAUGGUUACAUUGCUACUGGUUCAGAAACAAAUGAGGUGUUCAUCUACCACAAAGCUUUCCCCAUGCCUGCAUUGUCAUUCAAGUUUGACAACACAGACCCAUUGUCUGGCGAGGAAAUGGGUGACGCUGCACAGUUCAUCUCUUCUGUUUGUUGGCGCAGCCAGUCAUCAACUCUAGUUGCUGCAAAUUCUGCAGGAAAUAUAAAAAUUUUGGAGAUGGUUUAAUGUGGCUACUCUCCAAUCAUCCAUGAUUCUAGGGAAAAGGAAUGGAAUAGAUUUAUGGGGGUAGAGACACGAGGUGAAAGGAAUCUUAUGCCGGAGACGUGUAGUGAAGACAUAAUUUUAAAUGUUCUAGGAGCUCGAUGAUUCUGAGCAACUCAGGAAAAUUUUGGCAUUAGUUCAUAGCGGAUGUGGUUUUCCUGAAGAGUGAGGAUGAUCUUGUUCAAAUUUAAUGCAGAUAACUAUUCAAAGAAAAGAAAAAAGGGGUAAAUAAUCAUAAUCCUUUGUAUAUUCUGUAAUUCCUACAGUUCAUAAAGAUAUGAUAUGAAUUUACAACAGAUCUUCAAAUUCA